UAAUUGGAUGUAAAAUACUUUUUUUUUUCUAGAGAUCUGAGCUUGGGACAUGGAGAUGGUAGAAGAACAAGCUCUCACCAUUUCUUCUUCUCUCUAAAAUCACUUCACACCAGAUUCUUUUUUAUUUUCCUAUCCCAGAUUUUCUCGGGAAAAAAUAAGUAUUUCCUUUCUCUUUCUCCUCACUUGCUCAAUAACACUCUCUUUAUUUUUCUCUAGAUCUACCUGAUUUGUUAAAACCAUCGAAAAGUCUCCGGCAAGAUGUGUUCGCUUGUGUUCUAUUGAGCUUCGAGAAAAAUCAAAGAAUCCGAUUCCACAGAUGGAACUAUGUGCUGUGGAUCAGACCAAUUAAACCAGAUCUCGUCGUCAGAAGAUUCCACCACCAACAUAGAGAUGAACCACUUGACAGUCGAAACAGAGGACACUUUCGCUAGCCUCCUCGAGCUAGCCGCUAACAACGACGUAGAAGGCGUGAGGCUAUCCAUCGACAGAGACCCUUCCUGCGUAGACGAGCCUGGUCUCUGGUACGGUCGCCAAAAAGGCUCCAAAGCCAUGGUCAACGAUCACAGAACCCCCUUGAUGGUCGCCGCUACUUACGGAAGCAUCGACGUGAUCAAGCUGAUCCUCUCUUUAACCGACGUGAACCGAGCCUGCGGGAGCGAUCAGACCACCGCCUUACACUGCGCCGCCUCCGGAGGGGCCGUGAACGCUGUUCAGGUCGUUAAGCUGCUUCUCGCGGCUGGAGCUGAUUUGAAUCUGAUGGAUGCUGAUGGUCAGAGGGCUGGCGAUGUUAUCGUUGUCCCUCCGAAGCUUGAAGGUGUGAAGCUUAUGCUUCAGGAGCUUCUCUCCGCGGCUACCGCGGAGAGGAACUUGAGGGUUGUGACGAAUGUUAGGACCAGCAGGUCUAAUUCUCCUAAUGAAGAGGAGUAUGGUGAUGGCGAUGGCGAGUCUCCGUUUAAGAUGAAAUCGUCUACGGAGUUCAAGAAAGAGUAUCCCGUCGAUCCGUCGUUGCCGGAUAUCAAGAACAGUAUCUACUCAACGGACGAGUUUAGGAUGUAUUCGUUUAAAGUAAGGCCAUGCUCGCGCGCGUACUCGCACGACUGGACGGAGUGUCCCUUCGUCCACCCGGGCGAGAACGCGCGGAGGAGGGACCCGAGGAAGUUUCAUUACAGCUGCGUUCCCUGUCCGGAUUUUCGGAAGGGAGCUUGUAGAAGAGGGGACAUGUGCGAGUUCGCGCACGGCGUGUUCGAGUGCUGGCUUCACCCGGCUCAGUACCGCACGCGUCUCUGCAAAGAUGGAACGGGAUGCGCUCGCCGGGUUUGUUUCUUCGCCCAUAUACCCGAGGAGCUUCGACCGCUGUACGAGUCGACCGGUUCGGCCGUUCUUUCGCCUCGGUCUAACGCUGAUUUCGCCGCUGCGUUGAGUCUUUUACCGCCCGGCUCUCCGUCUGGAGUCUCUGUCAUGUCUCCGCUCUCGCCGUCCUCCGGGGGUAACGGGAUGUCGUCGAUGGCGUGGCCGCAGCCGAACGUUCCUGCUCUGCAGUUGCCUGGGAGCAAUCUACGGUCGAGCAGGCUGAGAUCUUCUUUCAAUGCGAGAGAUGAGAUGAAUAUGUUGGCGGAGUACGAGCAGCAGCAGCUUCUUAAUGAGUUCAACAGCUCGUUGAGUAGGUCUGGUCGGAUGAAAUCGCUGCCUCCUUCGAAUCUUGAAGAUCUUUUCUCUGCGGAAAGCUCUUCUUCUCCGAGGUUUAAUGAUUCGGCUUUGGCAUCUGCUGUUUUCUCUCCUACGCAUAAGUCAGCUGUGUUUAAUCAAUUCCAGCAACAGCAGCAGCAGAGUAUGUUGUCUCCUAUCAACACAAGCUACUCUUCGCCAAAGAGUGUGGAUCACUCUUUGUUUUCAGGGGGAGGAAGGAUGUCUCCUCGGAAUGUGGUUGAGCCAAUCUCGCCGAUGAGUUCUCGCGUCUCUAUGCUUGCUCAAUGCGUGAAGCAGCAGCAGCAGCAGCAACAGCAGCAGAAUCAGUUCCGUAGCCUUAGAUCCAGGGAGCAGCUUAGAACAAGCUCAAGCCCUGUUGUUGGUUCGCCGGUUAACAACAAUAAUAACAACAACGCGUGGUCAUCUCAAUGGGGUUCAUCAAAUGGUAAACCGGAUUGGGGGAUGAGCUCAGAGGCGGCAGCGCUUGGGAAGUUGUCGUUUGAUGGUGGUGUUGAGCCUGAUGUUUCAUGGGUUCAGUCACUGGUGAAGGAGAAUCCAAACGAGGCCAAAGAGAAAGCAGCUGCUACAUCUUCUAACACUGGCCAAAACACAAUGCAGCAGCCAACAACAACAACAACGUCUGAAAUGGUAAUGGAUCAUGCUGGCCUUGAAGCUUGGAUUGAGCAAAUGCAGCUCGAUCAGUUCGUAGCUCAGCAGAAUUGAGAGGUGGUAGAAGUGGUAACAAGAUUAA